UUCUCCGCUUUGCUUUGCGCACCGUUUCGUUUCGUUUUACUAUUUUUUUCAGAUAUUUAGACGAAAACAAGAAUCCGCAUUCUGAUUCUGAAGAUUCAUGUCUAAUCUCAUUUCUUUCUUCCCUUGGUUGGAGCUCGUUUUUUAGGAGCUCAGCAGUUGAUGGACUGUUACCCCAAGAGCAGUGACAAGAAAACAUUAAAGAGGUGGUUUUUUAUUGAUAAAAGAGUUGGGUGAAGUGGAAAUCUGAUAAAUAUUAUUUUGAUUGGUACUCUAUACUCCUUAAAGUUCUUACAUUGUUGCUGGACUGUAAAUUGAUUUAAAAUCUGGAUCCCAUGGACUUGAAGUCGAAUCAUACUCCUGUUCUCACUGAUGCUGCACCUGUAACAAAGUCUAGACUGGGUGUGCAUUCCAGUUUGUUGCCUUACUCCCAUGCUGGGACAACCUUUACACAUGGAAUGUUAUUGACUAUCCCGAGGAAGAAGACAGGAAUUCUUGAAGAUGUUCGUUCUAGUGGUUGGUUGGAUGCCAUGAAAUCAUCUUCACCUCCAGCCAGGAAGAUAACAAAGGAUGUUGGCCAUGGGUUUGCAUCAUCUGAUUCUGAAACUGCUGGUGCUUAUUUUAGCUGGCUGCUAAAAUACCCAUCCGCACUUGCAUCUUUUGAUCAAAUCAUGAACUAUGCAAAAGGGAAAAGAAUUGCGCUGUUUAUGGAUUAUGAUGGAACUCUUUCACCAAUUGUGGAUAAUCCUGACUGUGCUUUCAUGUCCGACAAUAUGCGUGCUGCUGUUAAAAAGGUGGCAGAAUAUUUUCCAACAGCAAUAAUUAGUGGAAGAAGCCGUGAUAAGGUAUAUCAAUUUGUAGGACUAACAGAACUCUAUUAUGCUGGUAGUCAUGGAAUGGACAUCAUUGGGCCUGUUAGACAAUCUGUAUCUGAUAAUCACCCAAAUUGCAUUAGGUCUACAGACAAGCAGGGUAAGGAAGUAAAUUUAUUCCAACCUGCUGCGGAAUUUCUGCCCAUGAUUAAUGAGGUACUUAAUUCUCUUGAAGAGUGUACGAAAGACAUUAAAGGAGCUAAAGUUGAGAACAAUAAAUUUUGUGUAUCUGUGCACUACCGGAAUGUAGAUGAAAAGUAUUGGGAUUUGGUGGGGCAACAUGUUCAUGAUGUUCUGAAGGGCUAUCCGCGUUUGCGCUUAACUCAUGGGCGGAAGGUUUUAGAGAUCCGACCUGUGAUUAACUGGGAUAAGGGAAAAGCUGUCACGUUUUUACUUGAGUCACUUGGGCUAAACAAUUGUGAUGAUGUGCUUCCUAUAUAUAUUGGAGAUGAUCAGACUGACGAAGAUGCAUUUAAGGUUUUGAGAGAGGGAAAUAAAGGUUAUGGGAUCUUGGUGUCUUCGGCACCAAAAGAAAGCAACGCAAUUUACUCUCUUCGUGAUCCAUCAGAGGUCAUGGAAUUUCUCAAGUCCCUUGUGUUGUGGAAAUCAAGCACCUUAAAAAGCCUUAUAUAGUGUAUAGAGGAGAGAAUAUACUCUGCUAUACUAUACUAUGUCAUAAAAACAGCUUUUUUCGAUUUUGGUUUUCUCAGAAACAUUCCAAGAGGUUUACUGGAGCAGAUUUACGCACAGAAGAACCUCUUUUGGUAACAACAGCGUUGUCGCUACCCAGUUGUUUUGCUCGAAGCUCUUGUGGUAGCUGUAAAUUCGUCAACUCAUAAUUAUAAAUAUCUUAAAGAAUUAAAGAAUGAGCUGAGUUGUUUCGUUUUUUUUUUCCUUCUCUCAUUACAAAUGUAUUGAUAUUUAAUCAUUGAUGUUUCAGUUUUGAUCACUAUAUCUAACCACUAAAACGGGAGUCACACAUGCGAAAUCAUUCAUUUGUUAAGUCAUUUUGCAUGUAGUUUGACUGUUUGAAUAAUAUAAUUUAUGAUAGCUUUUGAUGA